GGCCUCACCGCCGCCCGCGCAAGCACGGCUGGGGGCAGUGGCUGCCAGCACCAGUGACUGCAAGAGACGGGGCAACAUGAGAGAGUGGACUGGGCACUGCACUGCGGAACUUACUGGUAGGAGAAUUAAUCCCUAAAGAGAUUGAAAUGAGUUUCAAGAUGGCGAAAGAGGAGCCCCGAAGUGCCUCAAAGGACUUGCAAGAGCUGCAGAAGAAGCUUUCUUUGCUGAUAGACUCCUUCCAGAAUAACUCAAAGGUGGCCGCCUUUGUAAAGUCCCCAUUGGGGCAGUACUUGGACAGGCAUCCUUUCCUGGCCCUCUCCUUGCUGGUGUUCAUUGUCGUGUCGACCGUUCCUGUUGGGUUCUUCCUGCUCCUCGUGGUGCUGACCUUCGUGGCUGCUCUUGUGGGCGUCAUAUUACUGGAAGGACUGGUCAUCUCAGUGGGUGGCCUCUCCCUGCUUUGUGUCCUCUGUGGCUUGGGCUUCAUAUCACUUGCCAUGUCAGGGACAAUCACUGUGUCCUACAUGAUCAUCUCCAGCCUCAUCAACCACUGGUUUUCUCCCAGACUACUGCCACAGCAAAACCACAGUGACACCUGUCAACUGGCUACAAAGCCCACACACUUCCAGGGGAUCUACCAAGAAUGACCAGCUGAAUGAACUACCAUGCCUUAUGGAGCAUCAGAAAGCUGUUGAUCUGAUUGGUUGUAAGACUCAAGACUCGGAGAGGGAGUGUCCUGUGGCUUUUUCGCUUAGCAUCUGUAUGGUAGGAUCCUGCAGUGGCUUCUUUGGGGAUCGGGUUGCACUUGUAUAGGUUCCAUCAGCUGACUCACCCUCACAUGGAGAGUCAACAGAGAAAUAUGUGGACUGACAGCUGGUCCUGCCUCUCAUGCCUGCCUACCCACUUACACCAGCUUGACCUUGGAGGGCCUUGAGCCCCAGUUAGGGGCAAUAGAUUGCUUUGGGGUUUUUCUCUUUUGUUU